AUGGUUCUGUUCCAUAAACCUUUUGCAGGGGGACCUGACACGCAAGAAUACUUGAUGGGAGGGGCGCUUGUAGUCGAUCCUGCCUUGCGGGAAGAAGUGAGCGCUGUGCAGCUCGAACUACAGAAACAGAUUCUGGUUCUCCAACAAGAACAACAAAUGCAACAGCAGAUCCUCCUACAGCACUUCCAACUCCAACAGCGACAUCUUCAGCAACAGCACGAGAAGCACCUUUCUGAGAGAAUACGCAUGUACAUGGAGAGUCACAAAACCAGGAGCGACUCAUCAGCACACAGCGACGAGGACCGCGACUCCGGCCACGGGAGCGAUAAAGAGGUCAGCGUCAUCCCUCAGGAAUAUGAGAUGGAAGCUCCCGUCGUGAGCUCGACUCCGACCGCCACGAAAUGUCCCAAAAAAGACGUUCUCAGAAAACUCGAAGAGGAGGAACGUAUGCGUUCCCUGAUAGCAGCGAAGGCCACUAAAACGAAUGCUCCAAAGACAUCGACGUCUCCUGCGCCCAAAAUUGUCGUUCUACCGAAGAAGAACGGUUCCGGAGCCUCCAUAGAAGUGCGAGCGAAACUCCAACAAUUCUUAGCGAAGCGACAGGAACAAAGAACUAGAAGUAAAGUAGUGCCUGGAGUUCAGAGACCGAGGCAGAAAUCGUCUUCGUCCGAAAGGAGCACGACAUCUUCUCUUUCAGGAAGCGAGUCCCCACCUGCGAAGGCGACUACUGAAGAAGUACUCGGGAGCAAACCGGCUUCCGGAGACCUCAGUCUGAAGCUCAAAUCCUCACUUCGCCAAAAAGUCAUGGAAGGUCGGCUAUCUCCAAUCAGUAAGACCGAGCAAAAACUGAAGAAAGCCGACAUCAACUGCCAUGUUCCUGUCGAUGAAGCGCGAUGCCGUCCCACGGGAGGAGCCCCAGAACUCCCGAAGCAACGGAAAAACGAAAUGUUUCAGAUGAUUUCUAUGCUGUUGGGUCAGUGA